UUUGCAAGGGGUUUUGUAGUUAGUGUGGAACUGGAAUAGAUGACAGAUUCGUCUCUCAUGUUCUCUCUUUCUCUCUAUCACACACAUACAUACAAAGGAAAUAGCGGUAAGAAUUCUGGGCAAGUCAUAAGACAAGACCACAGACAACUUAAGAAGAAUUUUACCAUUGACUUUAGCUUCUAAAAGUGGAAACUGUCAGGCAGUCAGCAUGCACCUGCACGCUGCCCUCCGGAACGCCGGGCUCUGGAUCCUUCUGAGUUUAGCGUCUGGUCAUCUGACUGAAGAUCAGGCAUCAGACAUCGUGGACAUUCAUAAUGACCUCCGCUCGCAGGUUCAGCCCAGCGCUGCCUUCAUGCAGAAAGUGGUGUGGAAUGAAGAACUGCGUCUGGUGGCAGAAUCAUAUGCAGCCAAAUGUAUCUGGGAUCACAACCCUGCACUCCCGAACCUCACAAUGGGAGAAAACCUCUUUGUGACAACUGGUCCAUUGAAUAUAACCAAAGCAAUGUUGGACUGGUUCGAAGAGAAUCGCGAUUAUGACUUUGAUAGCAACUCUUGUAAUGAAGGCAAAAUGUGUGGCCAUUACACUCAGAUGGUGUGGGCGACCAGCACAAAAAUCGGAUGUGCUGCUCAUUUAUGUGAAACCAUUGAGGGUCUGAAUUUUAAGAAGGCUACGCUGCUUGUCUGUGAUUACUACCCAUCAGGAAAUUAUGAAGGACAGAGACCAUACGAGCAAGGAAAGUCUUGUUCAAAGUGUCCAGAGGAACUGCCAUUGUGUGCGGAGAACAUCUGUGUGAAACUUCUUCCAUCUGAGGAGUCAGAAUCUGAUGCCACACAGCCCACAGUCCCACCUGACACUGCACAGGAGCCCACCGCUGUUACUAAAGAAGACACAACAGAGGAUACAAAGACACGGACAUGGAAAGAGGUGGAGGGAAGUUCAGAUCCUGAAGACACAACGGAGAACACAAAGAUACAAAAAUUUACAACAAGUAGAUCAGAGGUGGAGAGAAGUUCAGCUCCUGAACACCCAACGGAGGACACAAAGAUACAAAAAUUCACAACGAGUAGAUCAAAGGUGGAGAGAAGUUCAGCUCCUGAAGACACAAUGGAGGACACAAAGAUACCCAAAGUCACAACGAGUAGAUCAGAGGUGGAGAGAAGUUCAGCUCCUCUGCUGAUGGGUGUUUGGAUUUUGGCAGCUCUCAUUCUGUGAUAAAAGUCCUUCUGCUUUACAAACAUCCAUAAUGCAUUACACACAUACACGCGCGCGCGCGCGCGCGCGCACACACACACACACACACACGCAAGCAUGCAUACACACAUAACAUGCAUAAACAACAAUUGAUAUGUUUUAAAGAUAACAUGCUCCCGGCUUAAUGACUCUUUCUUAAUUCAAAAUAACCAGAUGACAAAGUAUCACACUGCAAAAAAAUGACUUUCUUAGUAUUUUUUUCUUGUCCUCAGUAGAAAUAUCUAAAAAUUCUUAAUGGUUUUCUUGAUGAGCAAAAUGACUUAAGAUAAUAAGUCUAGUUUUUAGACAACCAAUAUACAAUUUAAAGGUCCCAUAUUUCAAGGGUUAUAUUUAUGAUGUCCUUAAGAAUAUAUUUACAGUUUAGGUGCCAAAAACAAUCUCUAUGUAUUUUUUACAGCUCCUUUUUUCAGGAGUUCUGCUAAAAACAGGUCUUUUUGGCUUGAAAUGAGUAAUAUUCAUGAGCCUCUCUUUUGAUAGGCCUGUUGUUUUAUGAGUAAAAUACUUACAUACCGAUACAGCAGUCAUAAUGCUUUUGCAUGACAAUCAUGCUUUUAAUAGAUUUGCUGACAAGAAUUAAUGUUAACUAUAACUUGAAAGCAUUUAUUACAUUUGUACAAGUGACUAUAUCAUAUAUGUACUGUAUGUUUUCAUAUCAUUUACAGUAUAUUGUGUUUUUAGAGUAAAUUACAAAUGUCUAAGAAAUUAAAUAGGAGGCAACUGGAAGUAAAAUGACCUAAACGAACUUUAAUACACUUUAAAAAUAUUAUUAAAAAAUGUAUAUUUAUUAUAAUUAUUACAUCCCAUUCCUCAAAUGUUCUUUUUCUCUUGCAAUUUUGGGGACCCUUUAAAACAUUUUCGGGGUCCCCUGGGGUCAUAUUUUUUCUUGUGUUUGCACUGAUUGUCAAUAACAAUUCGUGACCAUUAAUACUCAUUUUCAUAAGCAAUAUUGACGCUAUAAAAAGUUGCUAUAAACACAACAGAUGGCACUAGAUGGCAGUGUAACUUAAUAAAUAUAUUGAUAAAUGUUGUAAA